AUGUUACUGGUUAUGCUCAUUAGUCAGCGUGAUUCAGCCCAACACAUCAGACCUGCACAGCCUGAUCAGGCUGCGUACUUUUCAUCUUCUUUACCCCUCACUUCAGAGCGUCAGAUCAUUACUCUAGAGCGCAACAUAAUGCUCACGGGCUUUGAAGCACUCGGCGCCGCGAGCGCAGUCUUGCAAGUCAUUUCGUUCGCAACUGAUGUCAUUGUAGCUUGCAAAAAUGCAUAUGAUGGAGCCACCACUUCUCAAGACGAUCUUCAGCGCUAUGCGGGGCAGAUGUCUGAAGCCAUCGGUCGAGUACACACUCGCUGCGAGUAUAUGAGAAACGCAAACUCCAAAUUUGCUAGCCCAAAGCUUCAAGAUAUUGCCAAACAAUGCAAAGAAGCUGCCAAAAAGCUGGAAGCCGAAGUGCAGUACGUAACCGGCUUGCAGGCCAAGGGCGAUCUUGUCAAGUCGCUCCGCAAGGCAUUCAGAGCCUCCAGGCAUCAGAAGAAGAUACAGGCUCUACAUGAGUCGCUUUCUAUGUACCAACAGGUCGUAAUUACCGAGAUUACAUCUCAUCUAUGCUCACAGAGCGACGCGAUAUACAUGCAGCAAGAUGUAUCAUUCGGUAAAUUGGAUAUCGAUGUCCAGUUUCUCAUUAGCCAGCUCGCUCAAGGUAUCACUGGCGUGGAGAAUCUCGUGAAGCAAGAACACACUGCAACACGCAACAUUAUCGUCAAAGAAUCGGCCAGGGCUGAGGUAGCCAUCAAUUCCCACAUGGAUAAACAAGCCUUGGAGCUCAGGACUGCCUCUGAGACAAAGAAGAAGUGUGAAGUAUUUCUUCAGAGCCUUAAAGCUCCCCUGAUGAACCAUCGCUACAACGAUAUCAUGGACUCUACAGAAGCAAGCUUUAACCAAGUAUUUGCAUCUUAUGAAGAUAUGAAAACCAUGUACCACUAUGAUUCAGAAAGUGAUGGCUCUGCAACUGAUGAUCAAGAAGCCGAAAACCUAGAAGAUGACGAUUCACCCGAUGAGGACGCUUCAGGUGAUGAUGGCAAUGGCAGUGAUUCAGAUCAUGAUAGCCUUGUGGAAGAUAUCCAUCAAUCAUGGGCUUCGUUAAACACGUGGCUGCAAUCAACCGACAAAUUGUUCUACAUCCGAGGAAAGCCUGGCUCCGGAAAAAGUACACUGAUUAAAUUCAUUGGACAGCAGGAGCAAACGAAUAAAUUGUUGCAGAGAUGGAACCCCGAUGCGACUAUUCUCUCAUAUUUCUUCUGGAAGAUUGGAUCAGAAGAGCAGAAGAGUCUGAAAGGUCUUUGGUGCUCGUUACUCCACCAACGACUUGAGGAUCAACAGCAACUGAUUCCGAGUAUUCUUCAAAACUUCAAUAUUCUAUCCCGACACUCGCAACAUCACGAUUGGGCGAUGAAAGAUCUACAAAUUGUUUGGAAUUAUCUCGCAGACGUGGAUAUCCGACACCUCUGCAUCUUCAUUGAUGGUCUAGAUGAGAUCCGGAACGAAGAUGGCUUUUCUGAGCUUCUUGAGACCAUUGAUGCCAUGUUAGUCAACCCAAAAAUCAAGAUUUGUGUCUCAACUCGACCUGAGGCAAGCAUUGUAAGGUGGCUCAAGACGAAAAAGGCUGCUGGGAUUCUCCUUGAGGACUUGACAAGAUAUGAUAUGCUUGUCUUUGUACAAAAGAGAUUCCAUAAACUAUCGUCGGAUAUUCAAGUCUCUUCAGAAACCAUCCGACAUUUGCGUCAUAAGCUCGUCGAUAAAGCGCUGGGCGUGUUUUUAUGGCUCCACCUCGCUACACGAAGUAUCAUCGAAGGGAUUGAGAACGUCGACUCUGAAGAUAUGCUUAUUUCACGACUCAAUGCGCUCCCUGGAAAUCUUGAGAACUUAUAUAUCGACAUGUGGCAAAGGAUGAACGCAAAAAGCCCUGUAUAUGCAGAGACUGCUCGCAGAUACUUUCGCUAUGUCCUGCAGCACCCAGAGAGAAUCAUUUUCAUCUUUACUAGUCAGCGUUGGUAUAGAAUUUCCCAGCCGUGGAUACUGCAGUUCACUUGCGCUGAGAACCCUGAAAUUCUAGAAAAACUUCUGAAGAGGGCGAACAUGAUGGAUCUGGCUGAGAUUCUACAAAGGUGCGAAGAUACAAAGGCUUCGAUACAAAGCCGGUGCGCAGGGUUACUUGAAGUACGACAGAAUAAGGGUGCUUAUCUCCGUCUUUUCAAAAGACUAGGAGACAAUAGCAAUGCUUUCGCCCAGGUAGCAUUCAUUCAUCGAACUGCACAUGACUUUCUGAUAGACACAGAAGCGGGUCAAAGCAUUCUGGGAUAUGGACCAUUGAACGACAUUUCCUCAGAAACGCGAUUGUUAAACGGCCUUAUUUCUACUGUGAUAAUCAUAACAUCUAAACUGCAACAAUUAUCCACUGACACCCUUGUCAUCAAGAUAAUUACUGAAUUUGCAAAACGGCGGGGAAAUGAGGGCCUGCAAUUGGCUACAAACAUGUUCGACAUCGUUCGGCCAUUGUAUGACAGAAAACAUAUACGGCUUUACGAGGAUCUUUGGAUACCAUCCAGCCCGUUCUUCAGUUUUUUGACUGAUGAGCACCUCUUUGAUGAUUAUGUCAUCUCCCGUUUGGCAACUGAAACCUCGACUGAUCUGGCCACCAGUUUGUUGCUUGAAGGAUGGGCUCCACGGCGUUUUAGGAGCCCUUUCAAGAAGUUGUCUAAGAGAGUGUUUGCCACCUUAAUAAAAUUUGGAGCGGAUCCACACGAAUAUGGCAUAUUGUAUGAUGAGGCCCUGCAGCCAUUUGCCAGGAAGAUAACAGCCUUUACCAAUCUUCUUGUAUCUUUCAUUACAUCAAAAAAGUUACCUGAUUCAAUGCAUCCUCUGUGUGUGGAUGGAGAAGUGUCGCGAAAUGCAGUAUCUGAAACUUUGGAAAUUGCAAUAGAUAUGGCGGUGACUUGCCAGAAUCUGAAUGCAGUCGUUUCACUGUUUUCUUCCAUACGUGGAACUGGGCCUAUGAUAACGCUUCCACUUGAGGGGUCCACACUAUCUAGCUUGGGACAGCCCAUGCUUCCUAUCUUUAGACACCUGUCUGAUACCGUGUUUAUAUUCUACGAAGUCAACCUGCAGUUCUUGUUAUUAUAUCUGCUCUCGAAAAUUGGCGGAAGUCUAACAGGCUGCAUCCUGGCGACUCCUCAAGCUCAGGAUGUGCUAUCGAGAAUUGACAGACCUUUAGUCAAGAUCCGAUAUUUCCGGCUGCCACCGACAGCAAUUGGUAUGCCUGAGGACGACAUCUGGGCUCGACAGACGUUUCAGUGCAUCUUGUCACCAAAGCCACUACCCAUAAAUGAUGUCGAACAGCUUUUUGACGUGGACUUCAACGGGUUCUCGCAAGACUUGUGUAAGCCACGAGACGAUAGAACUGAUCUCUACACAUUUAAGGAGUGUAUCAAAAAUACGGAGACCGAAGACGUUAAUAUCGAACAUAUGAUGACUAGUUUAGCUGCUGAGAAUCUGGGAUUUUGUACAUACGAGGAGGCAGGCAUUACCCCGUCAUAUGAAUAUCUGAGAAAAGCAAAAGAGACCAUAGGCUACCGAUGGAGGUAUUUUCCUCUGGCAAUGGGCAGGCUAGAAGCAGCAGCGGUCAUUAGGGAGGGAACAGAAGGUCACGAGUGA